AUGCUCCUCAAGUCCGCCACCGCCCUCCUUACUUUGGCCACAGCUGUGCUGGGCCAUAUGGAGAUCACCUACCCCUGCCCACGCUACUCCUCCAAGUGCGCCACCCGCCCCGCUUUGCCGCCAGGUCAAUCAUUCGACUACAACCUGAACGUACCCGCUGGUUCCAAUGGCAAUAUUAACUCACCUAUCUGCCACCACAACACGCCUUGGCCGCAGGCUAACGAGGUCUGGACUGCCGGCGAGACUGUUUCCGUGCAGUUCCAGUCAGGCGGUGCCACUCACUCGGGUGGCCACUGCGAGUUCUCUGUCUCCUACGACGGCGGCCAGACCUUCGUUGUCCUGUACCAGCGCUUGCGCUACUGCUUCUUCACCAGUGCACCAUCUCAGGGCGGUACGGACUCGGUGCGUACCUACACCUUCAAUCUGCCUGCCAAUCUGCCAGGUGCUCCCCGUGUCACCUUCCUGUGGUCAUGGGUCAAUGCCGUCGGCAACCGCGAGUUCUACAGCAACUGCGGUGAUAUUGCCAUUAAGGGCGCAGCUGGAUCCUACACUGGCAAGAAGGUCACGAUUGCAAACUACGGCGCUGGAUAUCCGGUCAUUCCAGAAUUCCUUGGCAACUACGAAACUGGCAUUUCCUACUACACCAAUGGCACGCAAGUCACGGUUAGCGGGCCAGGCUUCUCUGGCGGCACAACUACUACUUCGGCGGCACCUACUUCGACCUCCUCGGCUCCCCCCAUCACCACUACCUCGGCCCAUCCUACCACGACGACGUCGGCUGCGCCGACCUCAUCGACAACCUCGGGCGGCGGCUCGUGCACAAGCGGCACGUACCAGUGCUCACCCGACAAGUCCGGGUACCAGUAUUGCUCGGGUGGCGUUUGGGGAUCCUCCCAACUGUGUGCUGCCGGAACUAUCUGCUAUCAGAGCGGCACAUCUGUCUAUUGCAGCUGGCCGUGA